AGGGGAACAUCAGAAGGAGUCAGGAGACCUUUCACGUUCUCUACAUGCUUGACUCAGGGAUGAGUACAGGCAGAGUGAACGCAUACAGCAUAGUAUCCUCUGAGGAAGACGGGCUGAGGUUGACCACCAUGCCAGGAGUCAAUGGCUUUGGGAAUGGUAAGAUCCACACCAGGAGGAAAUGCCGAAACAGGUUCGUGAAGAAGAAUGGCCAAUGCAAUGUCGAGUUCACCAACAUGGAUGACAAGCCUCAAAGAUACAUCGCUGACAUGUUCACGACAUGUGUCGACAUCCGCUGGAGGUACAUGUUGUUGCUCUUCUCCCUUGCCUUUCUGGUGUCCUGGUUAUUAUUUGGGCUGAUUUUCUGGCUCAUUGCACUUGUCCAUGGAGAUCUAGAAAACCCAGCCGGGGAUGACAACUUCAAGCCUUGUGUUCUUCAAGUUAAUGGCUUUGUGGCUGCUUUUCUGUUCUCCAUUGAAACCCAAACGACGAUCGGCUAUGGAUUCCGCUGCGUGACAGAGGAGUGCCCGAUAGCUGUCUUCAUGGUGGUGGUGCAGUCCAUUGUGGGGUGUAUAAUCGACUCCUUCAUGAUUGGGGCAAUCAUGGCAAAGAUGGCCAGGCCCAAGAAAAGGGCCCAAACGUUACUUUUCAGCCAUAAUGCUGUCGUGGCCAUGAGAGAUGGGAAGCUCUGCCUGAUGUGGAGAGUUGGGAACCUUCGAAAAAGCCACAUUGUGGAAGCCCACGUGAGAGCUCAGUUAAUUAAGCCUAGAAUCACCGAGGAGGGGGAAUAUAUCCCCCUCGAUCAAAUAGACAUCGACGUUGGGUUUGACAAAGGCUUAGACCGUAUUUUCUUGGUGUCGCCAAUCACUAUUCUUCAUGAGAUCAAUGAGGAAAGUCCGCUGUUUGGAAUUAGCCGCCAGGACCUGGAAACAGAUGAUUUUGAAAUUGUGGUGAUCCUUGAAGGGAUGGUAGAAGCCACAGCCAUGACGACACAAGCUCGGAGCUCCUACUUGGCCAGCGAGAUCCUGUGGGGCCACCGCUUUGAGCCCGUCCUGUUUGAGGAGAAAAACCAGUACAAAGUAGACUACUCACACUUCCACAAAACCUACGAGGUGCCGUCGACCCCGCGCUGCAGCGCUAAGGACUUGGUGGAGAACAAAUUCCUGCUCCCUAGCACCAACUCCUUCUGCUACGAGAAUGAGCUGGCCUUCAUGAGCCGUGAUGAGGAGGAGGAGGAGGAAGAGGACGAUGACAGCAGGGGUCUGGAUGACCUGAACCCGGACAACAGGCAUGAAUUUGACAGGCUUCAGGCCACGAUAGCACUGGAUCAGAGGUCAUAUAGAAGGGAGUCAGAAAUAUGACCCAGGGCCCCUUCGCUAACUGAUCUGAGGUUAUUUUUCCUCUCAUCUCUUCCCCUACCACCUGCUCAAAUUAUGCAGAACAAUGCAAGUGCCAUAGGAAUGCUUGAGAAAUUAGUAUUGUUUGUAGUUUUAAGUUUCAUUGCAAUAACCACUGACCGGUUUGUGAUAGGAAACCACAGCAGGCCACUGAGUGUUUUGAACUUCCAAGGUUGAUAAAGCUAUUAGAAAAUGUAUUGGAAUCAUAUUCAAUAUGGCGGCACAGAUAAGGGAGAACACCGGGGGGUGGGAUCUGCAGGAGUACCUUCUUUGCACGCAGAGAGCUGGUGAUUUUGUUUUCUUUCACUCUAUGAAAAUGAAAGCAUUUUCCUGGAGCUGAGCUCUGCAAGGUUCAAAAGGAGGAAAUAUCAGGAAACAAAUCCUUUUUUUUUUGUUUCGUUUCUUUUAGCUGAACACAAACAUUAUAUAUAUUUCUGGCAGGAGAUGUGAUUCAGUUGCACAAGAAUGACACUUGAAAACAUGUAACAUAAAGUACUCCUUUUUCAAUUUGGGGGAAGGGAAAUGAGGAUUUAAUUUGUCAAUUUAGUGCCCAGGAGACUGUUUACCAAUAAUAAUAAUGUAAUAAUCAUACAUUCAAAAUGUGAUUCAAUAUAUUUGUAAAACAAAGAAGGCAAUGAAGAAGCUGCAUGAAUUGUUUUAGGGCUGACUCCCAGGGUGUUCAGCAGGCUGCCUCCUGGUUAUUAGCUGGCAAAGCUUUGUAACCGGGUCGCAGCACUGACGGGCAGAAGCCCAGUGGCAGCAAAAGCAAGGAGCACAAUUACUGGCAAUGUAGCACAGGGAAUGCUAGACUCUGGGAUAAACAAACAAUUAAUAAUAGUAAUAAUAAUAAUAAUAAUGAACACGCUGAUGGAAAUAUUUAUUUUUGGGGUGGGGAGGGAUUGAGCAGGUCUGCUGGGUUAUCAUUUUUGAGCACUGAUAUUUUGUUUUUUGCACCUUUGGCUAAAAUGAGCGGGAUUCUCGUUUGGGGUUAAUCAGCUUUGCUCUGUUAAGUAGCUAAGAAGCAAGCUUCUGUUCUGAGUCACUUGCAGUCAGUGGGGUUGUUACUGAGAAUGAAAAGUGACCUCAUGGGCCAGCCUUUAAAUCAGGAGUGGCAAAUCUGAGCCUGAGAAAGAGCCAGACUUUACCAAUGGACAUUGCCAAAGAGCCACAGUAACACGUCAGCAGCCCCCCGCAUCAGCUCCCCCCCCCCGCCACUCCCAGUGCCUCCUGCCCACCGGCAGCCCCACCAAUCAGCACCUCUCCUUCCCUUCACACACCUCCCGAACAGCUGUUUCAUGGCGUGCAGGAGGCUCUGGGGGGGAAGGAGAGGAGCAAGGGCAGUGCAGGCUCAGGGGAGGGCAUGAGAAGGGGUGGAGUGGGGGCAGGACCUGUGGCAGAGCCAGGGGUUGAGCAGUGAGCAUCCCCCAGCACACUGGGAAGUUAGCGCCUGUCGCUCCAGCCCUGGAGUUGGUGCCUAGACAAGGAGCCGCAAAUUAACGUCUGAAGAGCCGCAUGUGACUCCGGAGCCACAGGUUGGCCACCCCUGCUUUAAAUAGUGUAAAUGGAGCUGCCGUCUACUUAUUGACUUCAGGUUUACACUAGCUUUGGAUCUGCCUCCGUAUCUCCAGUGGGACCAUUCAGAAUGUUAAUUUUUUUAAGGAAUUGAAUGGAAGUUCUAGAAGUCAGGUAUUGCCUAUUUUCCCCAAAAGUCUGAUUCCCCCCCCCCCGCAAACAAUUCCGUUGUUUUAAACAUGAAAACCUAUGUGCACUAUUUUUUUUGGUCCUUUUGCACAGAGCAAAAUUCACAAUGUGUUGGUUGCCCGCCCUUGUAUUAGCGUCUAUUCUAUUCUUGAGCAUGUUUGUAACUGAUGAAUUGGACAUUGGACAGUGCUAUGUGCAACGGCCAAAAAAGAGAACCGAUGAUUUCUCUGAUUCAAACCUCAUCUACUCUCAAACCAGGGGUCCCAUGCCUUAGAGAUGCAAAAUUGUUCAGCUAUAUACAGCUUUUCCCCAGCACAAGAAUCCCUGCUUUGAAUUGUUUCCUAGUCAAGCGCUCUUCCUCCAGCCUUACGGCAUGUCAUGUGUCACUCCAUAUGGGUUCAGCCAUGCAGCAAGAGCACAGAACAGAUCACAGGCAAUAAACAGGGCCCACACUGCACACAUUACAGGCUAUUAUUGAUUGCCGGCUGUUUGUUAUUCCAAAAGGCACAAAAGAUCAUGCCUGUACUUGUGUGGGAGCUUUUGCUCCCAGAGGGAAAGGACAUCGGGGCUAUCUAGCACUGCACAGAGAAAGGAUCCAUCUAAAAUCAGAAUAAAAUCAUUACUGGGCCUAUCAUUACCUGUGUCCCAGUGGCCUAAGAUUCACAUGGACAGUUGUCACUUUCCUACAUACUGAACUUCCCAGUGACAGCUAGUGUAGAGUUCAGAAACUCCUGCUCUAAAAAUUCAGACUCCUCCCACUUCAACUAAAGGAGAAACUCUAGUAGCUAUUGGCAGUAUAGUGCCUAUGACAUACAGUUGCACAGCUUUUAUUCUAUCCAACAGAGAGCAGUGGUGGGUGCACAGACCCAUUAGCCAAUUAAUUUGCUGUAGCAUCCAGAUCAGUGAAAGAGGGAAUGAAAGGGGGGGCCCUGAGAUGUGGUCAUCAGCUAAAUCAUUCAUUACCCACACUCAGCUCUCGUUAUCUUUCCAGGGCAUUGCAAACAGUAAUGAAUGUAGCCUCCUCCAGUGCAUGUGAGGAGUUAAGUAUUGUCAUCCCCUGUGGCACAGAAAGGUUAAAGGACUUGCUCAAGGCCAUUGAGGGAGUUGGUGUCAGAGACAGGAUUAGUCCUGUGCUCAGAUCACCUGUGUCUCUUGAGAGAGCUCCCACUUUUUCCUCAGCAGACCUACUUCUCAAGCCAGAGUGCUGCACGGGCCCUCCUGUACUGCUGCAUACAAAGCACUGGCUGGAACGUGCAGCUUGGAUGGUAACAAUUAGCUCUAAAGAACAGGAGAGGUCACCAAAACAGAAGUUACUGCUCCGGGGAGUUUUCCUCCAAGUCAUCCUGGUACCAUUUCCAGCAUCCGUUAGCCUUUCCAGCAGUGAUUGAAAGCUUCAUGCUGCUCACUCAAGGGGCUGCUUUAUUUUUGGCUUCCUAAAUGAUGUGCAGUCCUGCUCUUUGGAGGAAGGGGGGAGAAAGCAUCUGCUUCUCCUUGACAAAUGUCAGCACGGCUGUGACUAUUUUCGUCUGGCCUAACGCAUGGGCCUCCUGAAUUCUAAUCCCAGCUCUGCAAAGGACUUGACAUGUGGCCUUGGACAAGUCUCUUAAUAUGUCUCCCUCAUUCUACCUGUAAAAUCAGAGUGCUUCAGAGGGGUGAUUGGAAAGAUUAACUGUUUCAUGUGACUGUCGCCCAUGCUGCAGGGGUAGGGUUGCUAAUUUUGUUUGGACGUACUCCUGGAGGUUUCAUCACAUGACACAGUCUUUAAUUAAAGAUGCAUCUUUAAUUCCUGGAGACUCCAGGACAGGAAUGGAGGGUUGGCAGCUGUUGCAAUGUCACUGAUGUCAUGGGAACGCUGCAUCAGUUUAUGCCAGUGCAGGAUGGGCAAUGUUUGUCCAGUGCCCUGAAAAUGUUCAAAGCUGAGAAUUUGUCCCCUGUGUAACUGGAGCAUAUGGUUACACAAUCAGAGAUGGGCAUGGCUGCAUAGAGACAUAGUCACACCUGCCCUGCAAAGCCCCAUGCCAGAGGCAUAACUUUUUUGUGUUUCUAAGGCAGAAAAUGCAGGUGUGAUCCCACCCCCUUCCCUGCACAGUUCCAGCUAAACCAUGACAAUUUCCUUUCUUUGAUUCUAGGGACAGUUUUGGUGCCUGCUUCUUGAGCAACAGUGGGGAUGGGGGAGGGGGGAAAAGGAGGGAGGGCAAGGAUCUUUCUUGCCGGUAUUAUUUAUUUAUUUUUCUUUUUUCUAAAAUGCUUUUUUUGGUGGCUUUAGGUUCUUUUGAGAAAGAUGCACAACUUUGCUGCUGUCAGGUUCCUUUCGUAAUAUGUAUCACGGUAAAUAUUUAUAUAGAAAACUGAAAAGAGAGAAAAAAAUAGAGAUGUCUUUAAGUAAAUUAUUGCUUUUAAAGAAAAUAUUAUAUAAUUGUACAGUCCCACCUGGGAGAAUAGAAUAAUAUAUACAUAUGUAUUUUUAAACUACUGCAUAAGAGGAUGUGAACUAGCUUGUGGAAAACCCAUGCAGCCCUAGUGAAUUGAAUUUCAAAGACUUUUCCUCAGUCUUGUUCACACGCCCCCCCAACCCGAACAUCUCGCUCAUGAAGAGCUAGUUCUGGAGAGUAAUGUUAUAUAUAAUGUAUAGUUUGAGAGAUGGAAUGUGCUGUUACAUAAUGUAUAGAUUUUUUUUUCUGCCUACCUGUGAGUGUAUAGCUGGUCAGUCUUUUUACAACUAUCAGGGAGCAAUAUAAGGAUGUCCCUACAGUUUCCUCUCGGCUAACAAAUAGUAUUAUUGCAUCAGAACACAAACAUGCAAAAAGAAAAUAAGCCAAACAACGUCUGUGUAUUUGACAUUUGUAAAGAGGACCAUCUCCCAUCCGUCAAGAAGCUUGCGAUGUAGUGAGCAGGCUACAAAAGGCCACGCUAGGAGCACUCUUCAUGCACAUUGUACGUGUCGACAAGCCAGUCACGCAAAAGUGUUUUGCUCUUAAAAGGGGUGGCCCUGGGUAUGGUGGUGGGUGUGGCCAACCCAUUAAUGAAUGGGGCUUUGCCUUUCAAAGGCGUGGCCUUCUGAGAGGGAUGUGACACCACACUGAAGGGCUGGAGUGGAAUAGGUCAGGAGUCACUGGACGGAGUUCCUCUGGAUGUACACAGGUACAACUAAAGCAGAAUUUGCCAUGUGAAGAGAUACUCUAUCAACUUCAGUCCUGGUGUCUUCAACCUGGAUUCCACACCAAUCUCAGCCCAACUCAGGGAUUCCCUGACAGGCCAAGCAAGACUGGAUUCUCCAUGUGAUUGGACAAUGUUUGGUCCAGUCUCUGCCAAGCUCUUUGUGUUUCUUUGGUUGGUGUGUGGGAUUGUUUUGUUUGUUUGUGUUUAAUUUCCUGAGUUCAGGGACAAGUAGGAGAUCUUCAUAGCCAACCGGAGACCGACAUCUUUCUGGAAAGGGCUUUUUGAGCAGAGCAGGUGAAGUGGUUGCUAGGCAGAACACCUGCCAGCCAUUUCCUUGAAGCUUAAAACCCUGGUUAUGUCUAGUUAACUCCCUGGUGUGACUCUUGGUCCUCAGAGAAUCUGACAUCAGAGAUGGAAAUGACCCACCAAGUCCUCUCUGCCAUCCCGUCUGUCUGUAAUAAACUCUCCCUUAGUCAGGGCUUGAGCAAACCUACAUAAGUAACAGCUGCUUUGGAAAGGAAUCAAUUUGAUUGGCUGGCUGGGACCCUGGGCCAGAUCCUGCUCUCAUUUCCACGGGUGCAGCCCCAGGGAAGUCAAUCAGGUUGCACUAGUGAAAGCAGAAACUGGUCUCUAUCCUAAGAUCCCUGGUUCUAGAACAUAUUCCCUGCUUCCUCAAAUAUAGCUACACCAUGAGACUUUGCAGAACAAUGGCUGCUCAGCUUGCAAUGGGGAAAUUGAAUCCCCAUCCCUCCCACCCAGGGGUUGGCAGAAGGUCUCCCUUCCCUCCUUGGAUAGUUUCUGGGUGACUCUUAGCCCAGCUCUCUCCAAAUGAUCGGGUAUACAGGAUAAUUCAGCUGUUGCUUGCAUACAGGGAAUGGAAACUGUCAUGAUAAACCUUAGCUGCUUCUUAUUUAAUCUAGUGCACUUAGUCUUUAGGGCUGGGACAAUCACUUACCUGUAACCUUUUGAGAUUCGGUGCCUGCUUGACCUUCAAACCUUUUGUAGGAGAUGAAUUCAAAGCCACCUUUUCUAUCUUUAAUAAGGCAGAACAAAUGUGUUUAUUUUUAAACUUUCCUGCUCUUUUCUUUUCACUUGAGCUGAAGACCAAAAGAGUCGCUCUUCUUUUCCUUGCACUUCAAAAGGCAGGAGUGAGUCUAUAGAGCAUGUGUAAAAGAGAUAGGCCUAAAGCUGCACAUGUCUGAGCUGGAGCCACCUCUCAAACCCCUUGCAAUUCAGGGAUGCUGGGAUCUGGGGUGUGGCUUGUCUGGUUGUAGAAUUAAAGCUCAGCCUUGAAAUGUGGAUUUGGGUUUGGAUCUAGGAAAUCCCAAACUCUCCAAAAUGUCAGGUGUAUUUCGAUCUGGAUAUUUAUUUUAGGCCCAUCUUCUAAUAGCUACAAUUAGUGCAGAAUCCUCUUUGAGUCCCCUGUUCAGCAAAGCACUUUAGCAUGUGCUUAAAGUUAGGUUCAUGCUUAAGUGCAUUGCUUAAUCCUGUGUGUGUGCUAUGGGUGAAUCAGAGCCAUAGGGCCAACUCUUGGAGUACUUAUUCAUGCCUUCUCAAGCUGACAUCAAGGGGAGCAUUGCCUGAGUAAGGAACAUCCUGAUUUGGUCCAUUGUGAACCAUUUUCCUCCAAAGAGCUCAACUGGCAGAUGGUGAUACAGAGAGAAUUUGUUGAAUUUCAUAUUCUUCUGUUCUGAAAAGACCUUCAUUGUCUUUGACUUUGCUGUUUCUCUGCUCCACUCUCUGUGUGCCUGUUUGUGUGUACACUGAAAAGCCAAAUGGACGUUUUCUCCAGACCACGCUGCCUUUGGCUGGUGCUUUAAUAGUCCCCAGUUGACAAUGGAAUCUGGAACUGAUUCUCCAGUGCCCUGAUUCAUAACUGAGCCUUGUGGAGUCACUCUCACUAGUACAAAGUGAGUGAACAAUCCCACCAUUCUGACCUGGAUGCAUUUCAUGCUCACUUUGCACGGGUGUCAGGACUUGUCUAGACGGUGUGGCCAUGUGCACUUAGAGGGAUCUGAAUUGUAAAUCGCACCAAUGUGUUAUGCACUAACUGGCCCGUGUGGACCCUGCUGACAUGCACUAAAUGUUCCCUAAGGCAUGUUAACAUAGUACAGUUUCAACAGUACUAUGUUAACGCGAAUUUUCAGUGCACACCAACAGAGUCAACAGAUAGGCCAGUUAGUGUGCGACAUGGCGCUCUUUAGAAUUCACAGCUCUCUAGUGAGCAUUGCUGUGCCAUGUAGACAAGGUGCCAGGUGCUGGAGAAUCGGAUACUGUAUCCUCAGGCAGGUCAGUUGCCAGAGAGCAUUUGCUUUCUGGAGAAUAAAAAUUACAUGGUGAUGGAGUCCAUUCUUGGAGGAUUGUUUUUAUAUAUAGUGGUUAGAGAUGUUGCCAGGCCUUCUGGGUAUAUCUGUAUCAUUUCCACUAGCACUGUUUGUUCUGUGUUUCAUGGCACAUAUAUCUGAGAUAUAUGUGACAAUAUACAUAUGUAAGUAAAAUGUAUUUCAUGUGACAAAACUGGCCAAUUUUCCUGUUCUUUUAAAUAUAUAUAAAUAUAAAAGUAUCCAAAAGAUAUAAAUAGCAUAGAGAAAAUAAUCUAAAUAUGUAAUAAAUGUAUUUUGAUCUAUUUAAAAUAUGCUGUAUAUUUCAAAGAUCAUAAAAAUUGUCUGGUUGUAUUGUAUUUUAAAUAUAUUUUAUUACCUUGUUACUUGUCACAUAUAUUAUUUAAAUGCGCAGCAAACUUGGUCAGACAUUGAGCAAAAAUCUGGGCAAGCUAUGCUGAUCAGUAGGACGUUAACAUGAAGAGCAUCAAGUCAGUAAGAGCAAAGAAGGAAGAAAAUCUCUUAACCCCUUCAUGGCUAGGCUUCCCUGUGUCCUCUCUGUAGUAGUAGAAAGCCCAAUGAUUGUUUGAAGCACUGAUCUCUCAGUGGAAAGUUGGCGUUCAGAAGUGAGGGAUCUGGUACAUGGGGGAGCAGCUAAGUGGUUAAAAGGGACUUGCUUGUGCUAACAAAACAGAAAUUCCCCAUGAGCUGAACAGAUCUAUCCACUUGCUGGCUUAAUUGAGAUAGCAAAAUUUCAGGUGGCUGGGUUUGGGGUGGGGAGGAGCAUUAUCAAGCUUCGAUGACAGGAAGUUGAUGAAAUAUUUUUGGGGGCGUGACAUUCUAAGUUUUUAAAGCUUUUUAGAAGACUAUUAAAAUGGGACAUUGUUUAAGAGAUCUUAGCCACAGGGCCCAAUUAUGAUCUCAUUUACACUGGUGUAAAUCAGGAGCAACUCAAUUGACAUCAAUGAGGUUAUGCCAUUGUAGAAAUGAGAUCAGCAUUGAGCCCUACAAAACAACAGGGAAAGGAGUUUCAGCCAACUUUUCUUUCCAUCUUGUUGGGAGGUUAAAAAUCUCCCUCACUUUCAGCAGACAUGGGGAAGGGGUCACAGGAAGAAUCAGUAAGGCAGAGAAGGGCAGCACAAUGCCAACAAAGUGAUACUACUGAAACACACAGAAGAGAACCUACAAUAGACUGGGUCUCGUACUAAGAGGAAAAGGUGUGGAAGCAGAGAGGAAACUGGGAAAUGUGUAUUGAACCAGGACAAAAAUAGCCCAGCUGUGAGGAUGGCUGAGUCCAAAUCACUAUCCAAAAGUUUCUCCAGAGCAACAAUAUUUGUCCCACAUGGCAGAAUCAAGGGACCAUUUGUCUGAAGUGUCCUUGAAUUCCAGUGGGAGCUGUUUUCAAAGUGCACUUCUUCCAUGAAAGGAUGUUACAUAACACAGUGUAUAGACUUGAGCUCACAUGACAGUUCUCCAGAUCUUUUAGCAACAGAAGAGAAAUAUGCUAGAAAGUAACAGGUUUCAGAGUAGCAACCGUGUUAGUCUGUAUUCGCAAAAAAGAAAAGGAGUACUUGUGGCACCUUAGAGACUAACAAAUUUAU